GCCUGUCCUCAGCGUUCACAGCCCAGGAGUGUUGAGCAAUUCCGGUUUCCUCUGAGGUUGAAGGACCCAGACGUGCCAGCCCCGCUCCGAGCACCUUGGGCAUGGAGGAGAGUGUGGUGCGGCCCUCGGUGUUUGUGGUGGACGGACAGACGGACAUCCCGUUCACGAGGCUGGGACGAACCCGCCGAAAACUGUCGUGCAGGCCGGCCCCAGUGGGUCUGGGUCUCUUGGUGUCGCUGAUGGGGGCUGGGCUGGCCGUCCAAGGCUGGUUCCUGCUGCAGCUGCACUGGCGUCUGGGAGAGAUGGUCGCCCGCCUGCCUGACGGAGGUGCAGGCUCCUGGGAGCAGCUGAUACAAGAACGAAGGUCUCGCCAGGUCAACCCAGCGGCGCAUCUUACAGGGGCCAACUCCAGCUUGACGGGCAGUGGGGGUCCAUUGCUAUGGGAGACCCAGCUGGGCCUGGCCUUCCUGAGGGGCCUCAGCUACCGAAAUGGAGGCCUGGUGGCCACCAAGGCUGGCUACUACUACAUCUACUCCAAGGUGCAGCUGGGCGGUGUAGGCUGUCCGCAGGGCCUGGCCAGCACCGUCAUCCACGGCCUCUACAAGCGCACGCCCCGCUAUCCCGAGGAGCUGGAGCUGCUUGUCAGCCAGCAAUCACCCUGCAGGCAGGCCACCAGCAGCUCCCGCGUCUGGUGGGAUAGCAGCUUCCUGGGUGGUGUGGUACACCUGGAGGCUGGGGAGGAGGUGGUCGUCCGUGUGCUGGAUGAGCGCCUGGUCCGACUCCGUGAUGGCACCCGGUCUUACUUCGGGGCUUUCAUGGUGUGAAGGAAGGAGCAUCAUGCCUUGGACAGGGGUCGGACAGGUGGAGGCCUCAGAGAGUGCCUCAGGAGACAGAAAACUCAGGAAGCAGAGGCAGGGCAGGGUGGCUGAUGCCCGUAAUCCCAGCACUUUGGGAGGCCAAGGCGGGCGGAUCACCUGAGGUCUGGAGUUCGAGACCAGUCUGGCCAAGAUGGCGAAACCCCAUCUCUACUAAAAAUACAAAACUUAGCUGAACAUGAUUGUGCUGCCUGUGGUCCCAGCUACUCAGGAGGCUGAAGCAGAAUUUUGCUUGAACCUGGGAGGUGGAGGUUGCAGUGAGCCGAGAUCGCAUCAGUGCUCUCCAACCUGGGCAACAGAUCGAGACUUCGUUUUAAAAAAAGAAAACUCAGGUCUUGGAGGACACCCCAAAACUCAAAUGUGGAAAGCUCAGUGGGCACUGCCAGGGACCAAAAACUCAGACAUCUCGAGAUCUGAGGACCCAGGAGGCACCUUCAGAACACCCUUGUAGACUACAGACCCUGGCACAGACAAUACUAAGUCAAAGACCCAGAGACUUGGGGUCUGUGGGCCCCCAAACGUUGGGUAAAGUUGAUUUGCCUGAUAUUCAGGAAGACGGGGUGAGGGGUGGGUAUUUAUGCUUUUGAUUCAGAAGAAAAUAGGACUUGGGAUUCCAGGGACUUGGCUGUGGGUGGAAAAUGUUGUCCACUUCCCUACUCUCAUGAGCACGGACAGGGUGGGCGGGAGACUGGUCAUCAGGACACAGCCCAGCCCCACCCACCUACAGUCAGAGUCACAUACUCAGAUCAGAUCCCACCCACAGAUUUGUGGCCAAACUUCAGCCUGGUCACAAAGAGUUACACUCAGAAACAUGGGCACAGCAAUAUACUCAUAAAUGUUUAAUAACCAGCUGUCCUGCAAGAGGAACAGCGUUGUAAUGUUUGCCAAUUUCCAUGGUGUAAAUGCUACCAGCAUGGCUGAUUUCGUCACUGCCAAGCAUAGACACCCCACUGGGACAUCACAGCUCUGUCCGCGGCAUGCAGCCCGGGGCCUGGCACAAAGCUGAUGGAAAGGAAGAAAGAAACAGUGCCAUACCGUCACACCUAUGGCAUCCCAGGAAAUCGGUCACACGACUGUGAAACAGCCACUCUUUCACAACUAUAGACUCACACACGCAAAGGGCCAGAUUCACGCACAACCGCACCAUCAUGUGGAAGUCACAGACGGCAUCACAGACAGCCGCAGCGCCGUGUGCAGGUUAUAACACAACCACACAAAACUCAGACUAUAGCCCAGCCACACAGCACCCCCACACUUGGUAAUUAAUACUCGUUACGUCAGACACAGACAUGUCAAUUAUAGUCAGACCUGGUAACACACGCAUACACACACACACAACAUCACAAUGACAAACACACAUUACACACACACGUCACAAUGACAAACACACAUUACAAAACACAUCACAAUUACAAACAACAUUGCACACACACACACACAUCACAAUGACAAACACACAACAUUGCACACAUACACACAGCCUGAGGGUCCUCCCCAGCCCAGACUAACACAUCUUGGGGUGAGGACCACACUUUGUUUAUAACCCUGGGCCUCUUGUCCACUGGUCUUUGAAAUAAAUGGCAAAUCGCU